GGUCGAUUACUUGAUUUCGGCGCGAGCUAUCGAAGGGUUUCCUCAUUCCUUUCCACGCCGAGCGCGACGACACGGGAUCGUCGAGCGACGGCCGGAGGUGAAAGAGGCCUGGAGAUCUGCGCACUGACGGCUACGAUCGGGUUUUUGGAGUUGAUUAAGGGGUGAAGGAGAUGGCGAGCUUCGGUGGUCUUAACACAGCUGCGGCGGGAAAUGUGAACCCUAACAAGUCACUGGAGGUGCUUCCUUCCCCGAGUGAUUCGGUUUCUAGCCUUAGCUUCAGUCCCAAGGGAAAUUACCUGGUCGCUACUUCUUGGGAUAAUCAGGUUAGGUGUUGGGAGAUUAUGGCUGGCAGCAGUCAACCUAAGGCAUCAAUAUCACAUGAUCAUCCAGUCUUGUGCUCGACUUGGAAGGAUGAUGGGACAACUGUGUUUUCAGGAGGCUGCGAUAAGACAGUCAAAAUGUGGCCUCUGAUGUCUGGUGGGCAACCUACUACAGUUGCUGCACAUGAUGCACCUGUUAAAGAAAUUGCCUGGAUACAACAGAUGAAUCUCUUAGUUACAGGGAGUUGGGACAAGACACUCAGAUACUGGGAUACUAGACAAGCCCAACCAGUUCAUACCCAGCAGCUUCCUGAGCGUUGCUAUGCUCUGACAGUGCAGUAUCCUCUGAUGGUUGUUGGAACUGCUGAUCGACAGCUACAAAUUUUUAACUUGCAAAACCCUCAGACAGUAUUCAAGACCAUAACAUCACCUUUGAAGUAUCAAACAAGAUGCCUUGCUGCAUUUCCUGAUCAACAAGGGUUUCUGGUGGGAUCCAUAGAAGGAAGGGUGGGCGUACACCAUCUUGAUGAUGCACAGCAAAGUAAAAACUUCACAUUCAAAUGCCACAGAGAAGGGAAUGAAAUUUAUUCUGUGAAUUCAAUGAACUUCCAUCCUGUUCAUCAUACAUUUGUUACUGCAGGCUCUGAUGGUGCUUUCAAUUUUUGGGACAAAGAUAGCAAACAAAGGCUGAAGGCAAUGGCUAGGUGCCCACAUCCUAUCCCUUGCAGUACUUUCAACCAUGAUGGUUCCAUUUUUGCCUAUGCUGUCUGUUAUGACUGGAGCAAAGGUGCUGAAAAUCAUAAUCCAGCUACAGCAAAGACAUACAUCUACCUUCAUAGCCCUCAGGAAUCCGAGGUAAAAGCAAAGCCACGUCUUGGAACUGGAAGUAGAAAGUGAACCUUUCAAGUCCUCGAGCUACAUUGGUUUUUUUGUUGGCCGUGCUGUGUAUCUGUUUGCUUUCUGCACGCCUAGUAUCUGUCAUGUUUUUUAAAUACAGAUGGUGGUGUAUACUCCGGUGCUUUAGUAACUAGUGAACUUUUUGGUUCCUAUUGAUUUAGGAGCUUCACAUUUGUAUGUACAUCUCGUCAUAAAAGAUGACAGGCCGCAUGUGAAAAGAAUCAGUCAUUGGUUCUAGCAGUGGUCAAUUUAGCUCAUUCUCCUACCUGUAAUCUAUGUAUCUAAUUGCUUGAUUGCUGAUAGUUAUGCUUAGGCACCAAGCAAAAUACUGUGUCAACAUUAAACUUGUUAAUUAUGAUAUGAGGGAUGAGAACUUUUGGGGUUCA